GAACUCAGCUGAGCGGCCGCGGGGGAAGCAAGGCCAAGAUGGCGACGGUGAAAACAGCUGUACCUCGGCGACUGGUGGGCUUGGCGUCCCUCCGGGCUGUCAGCACCUCGUCUGUGGGCACUUUCCCAAAGCAGGUGAAAAUUGUAGAAGUUGGUCCCCGAGACGGACUACAGAAUGAAAAGAAUAUUGUACCUACUCCAGUGAAAAUCAAGCUGAUAGACAUGCUUUCUGAAGCAGGACUCCCUGUUAUAGAAGCUACCAGUUUUGUGUCUCCCAAGUGGGUUCCCCAGAUGGCUGACCAUGCUGAAGUCUUGAAGGGCAUUCAAAGGUUUCCCGGCAUCAACUACCCAGUCCUGACCCCAAACCUGAAAGGCUUCCAGACAGCGGUUGCUGCUGGAGCCAAGGAAGUGUCCAUCUUCGGAGCUGCCUCGGAGCUCUUCACUAAGAAGAACGUCAACUGCUCCAUCGAUGAAAGUUUGCAGCGCUUUGAUGGAAUUUUACAGGCAGCUCGGGCUGAAGGUAUUCCUGUGAGAGGGUAUGUCUCCUGCGUGCUCGGCUGCCCCUAUGAAGGGAAGAUCUCCCCGACUAAAGUAGCUGAGGUUGCCAAAAAGCUGUACUCAUUGGGCUGCUACGAGAUCUCCCUGGGGGACACCAUUGGUGUGGGCACCCCAGGGGUCAUGAAGGACAUGCUAUCUGCUGUCAUGCAUGAGGUGCCUGUGUCUGCCCUGGCUGUCCACUGCCAUGAUACCUACGGACAGGCCCUGGCCAACACCUUGAUGGCACUGCAGAUGGGAGUCAGUGUCGUGGACUCUUCUGUGGCAGGCCUUGGAGGCUGUCCCUAUGCACAGGGAGCAUCUGGAAACUUGGCCACAGAAGACCUGGUGUACAUGCUAGCUGGCCUGGGCAUUCACACGGGUGUGAAUCUUCAGAAGCUUCUGGAAGCUGGAGCCUUUAUCUGUCAGGCCCUCAACAGAAAAACCAGCUCCAAAGUGGCUCAGGCCACCUGUAAACUCUGA